AAUCCAGCUUGCAGUUGCACAGUGCUAAGUCAGGCUCUCACCUUGGGCAGCGCCCAACUCUAUGAUUUGAUGGCUGGCAGACUUCUUCUCCAAGUCACGCUUCUAUAUUUUUCUCAGUGUAUUCAACUCAGCCAGUCGAGAAUUCUGCUCUUUUGGUCGGUGGACGGCAGCAAAAGGACUCAGGACACGGUCCGUGCGAACAUCCGUCAUGUUAAAGACCUUGGAAUCGAACAUGAUGUGAUGUUGGCGCACUAUCGGGGUUCGCCAGCAGACUGGAAUCAGAAAUGGUACAAGGAGCAUGUGCUAAAGUCCAUCUCUGGGAUGGGCUACAAGUUUCACUUUCUACAGAAAGCAUACGAGGCUGGGGACUGGGAAAAGCGCUAUGAGUUCGUUUGGGCCUUGGACAGUGACAUCGACAUCUCCAAGGCGGAUGUGUCGAACUUUUUGGAGAUGGCGCGGCACAUGAAUUCCGCCAUUAUCGGUCCCACCUUUGUCGAGAAGGAACACAUGUCACUUGCAGCCAUGCAGGAUAGUGCUAGGGUGAUUCGCCGGGAAGGCCACUCUCCCACCAGGCAUAGUCGGCAUCAUCACGGAUACCAAGCCAGCGGUCCCAACAAGAUCCAGGAGCCGGAUCCAGGUUGCGACUUUCGGCACACAGACUUUGUGGAGCUCACAGCGCCUCUCUUGAAGUCUUCUGUGCUAAAGCAGAUCCUGGUCGAUUGCAAGCACUGCAUUCAUGAGAGGUCCGAUUGGGGCCUUGACAUGAUGUGGUGCAACUACGUCUCUGAGAGGUUUGGACACGGGUGUGCCCUGGUCGAUAAGACUCCAGUUGUCCACCUGGAUUGGGCUUUGGCUCCAAUCAGUCCAGACUUCUAUGCGGCCAUGCAUGCUGUACAGGCCCGUUACAAGAGAUAUUGGUCAGAGCAUCGAGUUCUGGAUUGCAAGCAUCAGCAAGGAGGCCUCGUGGAGAACAUAGCAGAGGAAACAAUAGCUCCUGCACCAGAGAAGCACAGGAAAAGGAAGCACAAGCAGGCGAUCAAGACACGAACGAAUCGCGAGCUUGCAAAAGACGAGUACAAACCUUCUGAAGAGUCAGAGAACGAGGACGAUGAGCCGGACGAUGGUUUGGAGGCUGAGCAGGAAGCAGGGAACGAAGAGGAGGAGGAAAACGACCAGCAGCCCUCAAACGAACAGACAGACGAUGCCGAGGAGGAUGGUGCGGACGAGAAUGGAUUGUCUGCAAAGUCAAAGACUGCAGCAUCUGCAAGAUCAGCAGGUACGACUCAAAACACCUCGAGCGUUGCAGGGACGAAGGACAAGUCAGCUAGUGAAGAUGAAGGUGGAGAAGACGAAAAAGGAGAUGAAGAGGACACCACACAGUCGGCUCAAAAGAGUGUGAACACAUCAGCUCAGACGGGGUCCAAAAGCUUGCCCAGCAACUCAUCCGAUUCAACGCAAAAGGAAAGUGAAGAUGAGUCUGCAGAGGGAUCAGCCUUCAGAAAUGGCACCUCUUCAAAGACGGAGUCCGAGGUUGAGCCUUCGGAAGGUAUCUUCAAAGUGAAGGCGAGUGGGCAACCAGAUACAUUGAAUGAUGGCCUUGAUCCAGGGGCCUCCUGGAAGCACUCACCUGGAGCCUUUCCGAUGGAAAGGCCAACACAGGACCUCGACGCUCUCAAGAGGAAGAAGACUGGCGCCUCGAGCAUUGGUGUAGAUGUUAAUGGUCCCACCAGUGCGAAGUCGUUUGCCCACGCUGGUGAUGGCAAAGAGGGCCAGAUGGGUCAGAGACGUGGGUCAGCCGUUGAUGCUGAAGGACAUAUUGAAAAGACGCAGCUUCGAGAGGAGCGGAAGCCCAAUCUGGCGUCACUGAAGGAUGCUGAGGAAAAACUCCGGGAUGAUCUUGAGCAGUUGAAGAAGCUUGAAGAGGCCCUCAAAGUGGAAAUCUCGGAGAAAUCUAAAGCAGAACAAGGCCACCAGAAGACCCAGGCAGAGCACCUUUAUAAAGGAACGAAGACGACAGAACACCACAAGAAGCGCCACACAAAGCACAAGCAUUCAAAGGUGCAACAGGCGGUGUCUCUCAUUGAUUUGGAUUCUACAGACGACUUCGACCUUGAGGAGUCACAGGAGUCCCAGUCCAUGCGGAUCCAGGCCCUGGCUGCUGCGGCUCGCAAAGUGGCAUUGGAAGCUGUGGAGGAAGUGCAGACGAGUAUGAGUAUGGGCACCAUGUCCUCGGAACAGCGCUUGAGCACCAGGAAAGUGGCUCUGGAAUCAGUUCAGGCUGCCAUAGCCAAAGAGGUGCAAAAGCAGGAAUCCCAUGAGAAGGAGGUGGAGAAGCUGUCCUCGAAACUGCUCCACGGUGAGUCCCAGACAGCUCGCGAGGCAGCACUGUCUGAGAAAGUUAAAGAGCUCAAGGCAGCCCUUCAGCGCGAAAAGCAAAAGGUGGACAAGGUAGAGGAGGAGAAGGUGAACAUGUUGGCUUCGCGCUUGACCAGCUUGAGCACGGGACCAGAAGGGAGGCAGCAGCUGCUGCUUGCUGCGGCGAAGGAAAUCCUUGAGCUCAAGGCGCAUGUGGAGUGGGAUCAGAAGCGCAUGCAAAGCGACAUGGAGGAGGAGCUGGAACUGAAGAACCAUUUGAAGCAGGUAGAGGCCGAAUUGCGCGCAAGGCAAAAAGCUCCUGUGCUCUUUCAGGACUGGCAUGUAGAGCAGGGACUUGCCAAGAAGCAGGCUAAGUAGGCCGCCAAGGUGCCCCCCAAAAGGCAACAAUAAGGAUGGCGUUGGCGUUCGGACGUGGCCAGAA